AUGAUAAUGAUGCAAAGCUUGAAACUAAAUCUACUUCAUUCCACAACUCUAUGUCCCCGCAGCAUCACUCGUAUCACCCCAUUCUCAUCAUCCUUCUCCAUUACCGUAACACUCACUCACCACCAACAACAACCCGCUUUUUCUUCUUCAUCUUCUUCACCUAAAAUUGUUCACAUUACUCGUACCCAUUCACAUUCUCAUUCAUUUCCAGAACCCGAUAACGACCAAGUCGAAGACCUCCGUGUUCCUCCCCAUUGGUCACUCCCAACCAAUGCCUCUAAGGAAUCAGAGUGGCUUAGGGUUACUUUGCAUAAAUGGUUGGAUGAUGAAUACUGUCCUGAAGAAACCAAUGUGGAGAUAAGCAGAGUUGCUGCCAAAUCCUAUUAUAAUUCUUUGAUACAGAAACAAACUGAUUUGAGUGACAUUUUGUUGAACAUGGCACGUGAAUUGGAGUCUAUUUCUUAUAAGGAAAGUUUUCAUGGUGCGUUCUCGUCUGCAAAUGCUGCUGUUAGCCUUAUUGCUCAGCGGGUUGAAACAUUCUGUCAUCCAAGUUGA